AUGACGAAGGGAAAAUGGGCAUUCUCCAUCGUGGUGAUCUCCCUCAUCUUCGUCUUCUCCCUCAUAACCUACCACAACAUGGGCCUUGUCUCCUCUCGCUACAGAAUUCAAUCUAUACUGCCCCUCCUCCCGGCGGGGGACAUUUUGAACCAGGCGGCCCCUCUCUUCGUGGAAUCAAGAUUCUUGGAGACGCCGCCGUCUCCCCCGGCCGACGACGUGGUACCGGCUCUGGCUUACUUGGUGUCGGGAUCAAAGGGGGACCUAGAGAGUCUGUGGAGGACUCUUCAGGCCCUGUACCACCCGCGGAACCAGUACAUUAUCCACAUGGAUUUGAAGUCUCCAGCCGCGGAGAGGAUGGAGCUGGCGAUCCGAUUGAAGGAGGAACCAGUUUUCGCCAAGAUGGGAAACGUGCACAUGAUCACCAAGGCCAACAUGGUCACAUACAGAGGGCCUACCAUGGUUGCGAACACCCUCCAUGCCUGCGCCAUCCUUCUGAGGAGGAGCAAGAAGUGGGACUGGUUCAUCAACCUCAGCGCCUCCGAUUAUCCUCUCGUCACACAAGACGGUGAGCUCAUAGGUCUCUUCCCUUCUCUUUUCCUCAUCGCAAAACACGAUCUCAUCCAUCAAUCUACAGAUAUCCUUCAUACUUUCUCGACAUUGCCGAGAAACCUGAAUUUCGUGGAGCACACGAGUCGCCUGGGUUGGAAAGAGUGAGUAGUGUAAAACCAAGCCUCUGUUUUUCGUAGUUUCUCCUGGUACAGCGACAACUUGGUUUAAUCGAUCUUGGUGACGGCUGCUUGACGAGAAGGGCGGUGAGGGCCAGACCAUUGAUAAUUGAUCCCGGGCUUCAUAUGACUAACAUAUCGGACCUCUUCUGGGUCACGCCGAAGCGAGAUUUGCCCACGGCAUUCAGGCUCUUCACAGGUAAACUUAUCUCCAUCGGUAAUCUUCCUACAAUCAUAAUCGGCGACAAUUCCGGAUAUUAAACAUGAAAUUAUAGUAUAAACUGAUAUCACGUUGUGUGUAAAUUAUUUUUGGGUUAGAUGUUCGGACUCUUUCAAACAUUUAUCGUCUCCUUAUAUCUCGGAUUCACGUGAUGAAAUCUCAAAAGAUUUUCCAGAUUAGUACUCGCCAAAUGUGCUCAGUGGGUCGAAUGAUUUACAAAAUUGAGCGCACGGUUACAGAAGUUGAAGAUUAUUAACCGGAAAAUUCAUCCAGGCUCGGCAUGGAUGGCGCUGACGAGGGAGUUCGUGGAGUUCUGCUUGUGGGGAUGGGACAACCUGCCGAGGACUCUGCUCAUGUACCACACCAACUUUUUGUCCACACCUGAGAGCUACUUCCAGACCGUCAUCUGCAACGUGCCGGAGUACGCCCGCACCACCGUGAACCAUGACCUGCACUACAUCUUAUGGGACACGCCCCCCAGACAACACCCCCACUCCCUCAGUAUCGCAGACAUCCCGCAGAUGGUAGCCAGCAACGCCCCCUUCGCCCGCAAGUUCAAUCGCAGCGACCCCGCGCUGGCGAAGAUCGACAGCGAGCUGCUGGGUCGGAGGAACGGGAGCUUCGUCCCUGGGGGCUGGUGCACCGGCGUGCCCCUUUGCUCGGAGGUGGGCAAUGUGACGCUCUUGAACCCCGGGCCAGGGGCCCGUCGGCUUGAGAAACUCAUGGCCAAAGUAGUCAGGUCGAGGUUUUUUAGGCGGUACCAGUGUAAAUAA